AUGAUGCGCCGCCUUUACCAGUGCCAGGACCAGUCGGAGCACCACAUGCUUUUGCUGGAGGACGACAUCAUCCCAACAGAGACUAGCGAUGCAUCUUCAUCCCCUGUGGACGAGUACCUCAUCCGCUGCUUCAAGCACGAAACGGCAAAGAUAAUUGCUGGAGUCAUGCUUACAUCGAUUUUAGUCACCUCCGUAGCCGCGCCCCUGACCUUUAUAUGGGGCGCCACAUGGAAGAGGUGGGAGCUUGUUCCUGGUGGCAUGAAAAUCCUGGUGACCGAUGUUAUGAUGGAUGUAGUUUUUCUGGUGACUUGCCUUCUUAGCCUGAACACCUCGUACAUGGACCCAAAAUAUCGCAUGGAGGUGGUAGAUAGACGGAAAAUCGUGAGACGCUACAUGGGCAGCAAGCUUUACAUAUGGAUGAUCUUCACAACAACUUGCCACUUCUGGACCUCGGCUGCGCAGGCCCCGAUGCUCAUCAACGUCGUCAAAACCACGCGCGUCUGGCAGUUCUUCGACCUGCCCGACGCCCUAAUCUGGUGGCGCGACCGGCGGCGCUAUCGCUUUGGCAGGUUGGUGCUGUUGUUGGUUGCUGGAGCGCACUGCGUGGCGUGCUUAUUGGCGUGGGGCACCGGAUACCGCGAGAUUGCCGAAGAGCAGGGUUACGACCAGUUCGAGACCAACUUCAACGGUGAGACCAUAUCUGGUUAUCAUUCGCUGUACUGGAUGGCACUGGUGGAGUCUGUGUUCCUUCUCACUGGAGGGCUGGACAACCCUGUCGGCGAUGGUAGCAUGCGUGACAGGAAUUUCGGAUCGCUGGUUUUUGUAACCAUCAUGGGGCCCGUGGGUUGUCUUAUUGUGGCGAUCGUCAUCUCUUUGGUUACCCGUGAGCAGACUUUGAAAUACGCGUUGGACAUGCACCACGAAGAGAAGAAAGCUUUCAUGAAACGCGCGAUGGACACUCUGAUGAUCCCGUCGAACCUGCAGCGGCGAGUCUUCAGCCUCCAUUACUUUCAGAGGAUGAGUCACGACAAGCUGGCUCUGAAGGAGCUGUUGAAGUCAGAGAACCUCAGCAAGCCGCUCGAGCUUUCCCUGAGGCUCUUCAUAUACCGCCGGGUCGUCAUGUCUGGGUUCUUCGACACGACGCAUCAGAAUUACAUUCUGGAGGUGGUACGGGUCCUCGAGGACCACAUCUAUAUCCCCGGUGACUACGUGUGCCGCAGGGGUGAGAUGGGCAACGAGAUGUUCUUCGUGAACCAGGGCGAGCUGGGCGUGCUCGUGCCUGGGCUCCCCGCCGGCAGCGAGGGUGUCCAGGACGUCGAGAACGCCAUCGCGGUCGGGACGAAGAAGUCUGGCGAGUAUUUCGGCGAGAUCGUGCUCAUCAAGCGCACCGCCCGCACCGCCUGGGUGCGCGCGAACGGGUACGUGGUGUGCGCCGUGCUCACUCGCGACAACGUCGAGAUGAUCUGGAAGUUCUUCCCGUGCGAACGAGAGAAGGUCGUGAAGUCCGUCACCGCGAUAGUAUGCAAGGACCGCUGGCGAGCAGUCCGCAACAAGGUCGGGGACAUGCGGUCGACGAUGGCGGGGGUGAAGAGGGCCAACACGCAGGAGAGGGGUGGCUUCGCCUCGGACCAGACGGAGGCCUUGUCGGCAGGCGCGGGCACCCCCGCUGCCGCCGGCGGAGCAGACCGCGCCGGAUUCGACGGCGUGGCCGGCGGCGCUGGCGGCACGGCCACGGGCGCAGGCGCGCCCACGCGGCUCAGCCUCAAUGUCAAGGAGGCGCUGGACGCCGAGAACAACGAGGCGGCGGCGGCGCUGGACUCGCCAGAGGAGCGGAGCGAGGGGCUACUUCGGAGGCGCGGCCUCUCCCCAGCAACGGGUGGCGCGUCCGCGGCCAUGCGCGGGCUGGCCUGCCUCGCCGCGGUGCUCCCCCAGGCGCUGUCGGAGGAGGCCUCGUCUGCUGCGUGGCCGGGCGCGCUGGAGUGGCCCGGGUUCCUCGGGGAGGCGGACGGCGAGACGGUGCCCGCCGCGGUGCUGAACGACCCCGCCUCCCCCUGCGGCCUGGCGCACCAGGCGGUCCUGCGCACCGUAGAGCGCGGGACCGAGGAGGCCGCGGCCGCGCUCGGCCUCUUCGUCGAGAGGGUGCCCCAGCUGCUGGAGGCGCUCGAGCUGCAGGGCUACGCCACGGACUCGGAGGGCGCCGUGACGCCCUACGCCGUGCUCUUCGGCGGCGCGGCGCAGACCCUGCGGCGGGCCCUGGAUGGGGCGCAGCUGCUGGGGCUGGUGGCCAUGGCCCGUAAGCGGUGCUUCUCCUCGGCCGCACGGCUGGCGCUGGGGCAGGGCCUGCUGCCCCUAAGCGACGCGCUGCGGCAGCAGCUGUCCACGAUGUGGUGGAUGUUCGACAUCGGGCAGUACUCCAACACGAACAGCCCCGCAAAGCACCUGGAGGCAGUGCUCAAGACGCUGAGGCACGUGGAGGCCAUGUUCGGGCACCUCGCGUCCGCGCUGCCUGGCGCCCUGGCCGACGACAGCCUCUUCUGGGGCCACGAGGCCCACGGCAUGUUCAUCAAUUCCACGGUGGUCUACCGGACGCUGUUCCCAGAGUCCGCCAUCGUCGACAAGGGCCUGCUCCGCAGGCUGCUGCGGAUCCUGCCCCCCGGCGCCUCCCUGGCGGACUUCGGCUCCCUGGACGGGCAAUACUCCAAAUGGCUGAACGACACGGGCUGGGUCACCGCCUUCGCCUUCGACGGCGUCGAGGGCGUCACGGAGCUCACGGGCGGCGCCGUCACCCAGGCCGACCUGGCCGAGGAGCUCGCGGUGCCGUGGCACCCUGGCCCGUUCGACUGGGUGCUGUGCCUGGAGGUCGCCGAGCACGUCCCACCAGAGCGCGAGCACGUCUUCCUCUCGAACCUGGCGCGCCAUGCUGGGCAGGGGCUCGUCCUGUCCUGGGCGCCGCCCGGCAUCGAGGGCGAGGGCCACGUGAACUGCCUGGAGCUCGAGGAGUCCCGCCGCCGCGUGGAGGCCCUGGGCCUGGUGCAGGACGAGGCGGCGACCGCCGAGCUCCGCGCGGCCUCCCAUGUGCCGUGGAUAUCGGCCUCCGUGGCCGUCUAUCGACGGCGCGGCGUGACGUGA